AUGGUUGAAUCAAGAAGAACACAGCUUAGAAAAAGAUUUUGUGGAAAAACCGGCAGUGUCUUGUCCAUGCUAUUCAUGACCAGCUCGUUUUUCUUGGUAGAAAUCAUUGUUGGUUAUGCGACGAAUUCGAUGGCUCUUGUGGCUGAUUCGUUUCAUAUGUUAUCCGACAUCAUGUCACUUAUAAUUGGCUUUUUCGCUUUGAGAUACUCCAAACGUAGUCAGAGAACGGAACGAAACACUUUUGGUUGGCAAAGAGCAGAGGUGCUCGGUGCUUUGGUGAACGCUGUGUUUCUGAUCGCGCUUUGUUUCUCGAUUCUGGUCGAAUCACUAAAGCGACUCGUGGAAACUGAGGCGAUUCACAAUCCCGUGUUGGUCCUGAUCGUUGGUUCUCUUGGCCUGCUCAUAAAUGUUGUCGGUUUGGUUUUGUUUCAUCAACAUGGGCAUGGUCACAGCCAUGUUGGCGAUGGACAUAGCCACGGUGGUAGUGUUCAAAAUGGCACUGAAUUGAAUGAGCUAAUUCAAGUGCAAAAUGGUUCGAACGGAGUCGAUCAAAAAUCUACCGGAAGUCAAUCAGGAUCAGAAGUGGAUGAAAAUGAAAUAAACAGUGAUGCUUCUAAUGGCCUCGUCUCGGAAGCUGAAGGUGAGGAAAUUUACUUUCUUUUUUAGAAUUAUUUUGAUCAAAGGACACUGAUUUUUGUAGUGGACACUAAACUGAGUAGCAUUUGCUUUUCAUUAUUCUUGCACAUUUUUAUCAUUUUGGUCUAUUAAUAAAGAAUUAUUGUUAGAUAAAAAAAGGUAAUUGAUGACAUGUCGCUAAUUUUAUUAGAAAUGCAUGGGUGCAUAAACCCGUCUUUUAAGUACCUCUUCACCAUAGUCAAUCUGAACUGAGAAGCAUUUACUUUCUUACACGUCCCUAAUAUUUUGGUCCAUUUUAGCCUUACUUGUCUAGUAAUGAAAAAAAGAUUGUUAUAUAAAAAAUAGGUAAUGUUAUUACAGCAUACUUAAAAUUAUGUGAUGACUUGCAGCAAAUUUUAUUAGAAAUGCAUGGUUGCAUAAACCAGUUUGCACAGUUUCUUUUCACCAUCCUAACACUAAUUUUUGUAAUUGAAUGAGAUUUGAGAAGCAUUUACAUCUUGCAGGUUUUUAAUAUUUUGGUCUAUUUUAGCCUAACCAAUUUUGUAAAAAAGGUCAUGUAGAGUCUUGAAGUACGUGAUGACAUUAGAAAUGCAUGCCUGCAUAAACCGGUUUGUUCCUGACACCAUCUUGACUCCCUCUUAUUAAAGAGGCACUGUCACGAUAUUUGCUCUCUUUUUGAAAGCUAAAACGUGUCUUCGCAUCAAUUAAAUUCCAAAAAUAAUCGUCUGGUUUUGUUAUUUCAGACUAUAUUUAGGUACUAAAAUGGUUUCCUACUGUCUGUUGCCACGGAUAGCAAGGAUUGGACAUGGAUUGAAACUUGGGCCAACUUUUUCUGCUAUACCUGCAAAAAUAACCAAAAAAUAAUAUCAUUAUGGUUGAAGUGUUCCCUGAUGAAAUUUGCCAGAUAUCUUUGUCAUAAUUCUAUAGGAGCAUUUUGUGUAGGGUGUGUGAGUCACAUAGUCCCUUUAAAAUUAACAUCUUUCAUGUUUGCUGAGCACUAGAACAAUAUGGCUAACUGCAAUAAUUGAAGGGUCCAGUGAAUCAGGGCUGUCAAAAAGCUGUUAAGUAGCAGGUUGAUAAUGAAUACUUGGUGGCUUUGGAACUCGCACCAAAGGUACAUGUUCUUGAGGGCCGAGGCAUCUAGGGACAUUUUGAAAUUUAUAGUCUCAGAAAUGGCAUUUCCAGGGGUUUUCAAGAGGAUUUUCCACCACAGAUGCUAUGUUGUUUGGUCAGAAUGCUGACUGGGAACAUUGUCGUCACAAUGUUUCAGGGUUUCCAUGACAUCUUACAGUUCAAAUGUUUCACAGAUGUAAACCUGUUUAAAUAAAUUAUGUGUUCAAUGUCUUUCCAAACUGGCAUGGUGCUUACUUUUUGUUAGCAGUUAUGGUAGGAGGCAUAAGUAACCAGCUAAGGAUGGCUAACUAGCCAGCAGUUUUGGCUGGCUACCCUCCCUUAUUAAGGGCCCUGGUGAAUAAAAAUGGAUGCAUGUGACAAUUUUGCCUUUAUCCUUUCAGCCCCAAUAUGCACAUUAUAAAUUCUGCAGCCUGAUCUCCAUACAUUUCCUUGAAGACUUAGUUGAGAGAAUUUAAUAAAAGAUCAAGGCAGUUUCCCUUUGGUGAUAAUUCCAGUUAUUCUCAUAACAGUUUCUCUUGAUGAUGUAUUAAUACUGUUAGGCGAACAUUAAUAUUGGUCAUGCGUUGUGCAGAAAGGCUGAAUUUUUUCAUGUAGGCUCUUUUUGCGAUGGUAAAACCUUAUCUGGGAAAAUAAAGUGAGACAAUAUCUGGAUUUCUGAGAAAAAAGGCCACAAUUUCUCAGAUAUUUUGUCUUGCUGGGUGACAUAAUGGGAAAAAGUGUUCAAAGAACAGCUCUUACUAUUAUUACUACAAAACUGUACUUCUUCAAAAGAACAGAGAACUUGAUAAACUACAAAUAGACACGUACUGUCUAUUCCCAUUCUCAGUAGGCAUAAUUGUAAGUAAAUAAGCAGUUUUUGAGAACAAUGAUUUUUUAGCGAUAUUUAAUUUUGAGCAGAAUAACUAAACAUCAGUGACACUAAUAAUACCAUAUUAGUUAUUUGAGAAAAUAAAAACCUGCAAAUCCAUAGCAAUAUAUAUAGUUAAUAAGAUCUGUUUCAAAUAUAUUUAGUGAUAUUGUUCAAAGGAAGAUGAAUAAAUUAUAAAUUUUGCUAUGCACAGUGACUUCAUAGUUUGCAUGUUAGAGACUAACCCAUGCUCCCCUCCUCACUAAAUGACUUGCGAUUUUUUGGCUACUGCAGAGAAUUCGAGCAGAAUCCAGUUGUCCAAGUAGAAUUUCAAGCAGGAUAACUAUAUUUUUUACAAGCAUUGCAGCAGGGUGCAAAGAAAAUCAGUUUUACAGCUUACCAUUCGGGCAAGCUGUAGCUAGCUUGCACUAACACAAAAAGUCAUUUCAACUAGCCCGCCAAAAAAUUUUUGAUGAGUACUGAUUACACUUGUUUUGUAUAUUUGAAUUCCCCAAGUUAAGAACAGAAUUCACUAGCUAGCCUUCAUGAUAGAAAAAUCCACUCGCCCCAGGCUAGUGUGCGCUACAUGCCCUGCACACAGGCUAGUAGAAUAAGCUGUUUUAAAAGCAGAUUAUAUCCAAGCCCAUUUUCUGGUAGUGUGGUUUCUCUUGUCUGAGGGUAAAUGUGGCUAGAUAUAAAAUAUAUGAUAAUAAAGUAGAAAAUCAGUAAAUUAACAGUAAACAUGCCAGUUAAUGACACUUUCUUAUGAAAAAUGCCGUUUUAUCUAAAUAGCCACUCAAUGCUCUGUUUUUUGUUGUUUUUCUGUCUACAGUAUAUUUGUCAGGUAAAAAUGGAACGGUACACACUGUUGUCACCAAGUCUAAGGGGAGCCACAUAAAAGUCAAGUCAAGUGCUCAACUAAACAUGCGAGGUGUUUAUCUGCACGUUCUUGGUGAUGCACUGGGAUCUGUCAUUGUUAUCAUUAGUGCCUUAAUAAUCAAGUUUGCUUCGGGCAAGUGGACAAUUUAUGUUGAUCCUGCCAUGAGCAUCCUGUUGGUUUUUUUGAUCUUGAAGACCUCCAUCCCACUCAUGCGAGAGUCAUCACUGAUCUUGCUUCAAACUGUUCCAACUCAUAUUAAAAUCAAGGAGGUGCAAGAUCGUUUGUUGGAUCAUGUGGAAGGAGUUCUCAGUGUUCAUGAGUUCCAUGUUUGGCAGUUGGCUGGAAAUAAAAUAAUUGGUGAGUUUUGAACCUACAAUCUUGGAGAGAAUAAUAUAUAGAUUUGGCCAGGGCUAAAAGCAAAGCUUUCGAUAAUAUUUAUAGUUUGUUCAAACAAAAUAUAAAAUCCUGUAAUGCUAAGCGGCGAAGGCAACGCCGGAGAACGGUGAAAAACAACAAUAGGUCUAAUUAGCAAAAAAGCAACUUUGCAUGUGCAGCACACUUUUUUGUACAUUUCUUUGCCAUUGUCUCGCACAACGAGAGCUCUGCUAAAAUGGAAAAACAAACCCCCAUCCCACUGAAAUCAAAGAUGAAGUUGCACAAAAACCAAAACCAGUCAGUUUCCCUUGAUUUGAAGUGGAAAGGGGGGGGGGAAGGGGGUCACAAUUUUCUAAAUACAUGUAUUUUGUUGAAUAAAAUGGAGCAGGAAACCGCCAUCCCUGCCAUGGAUGAAGCCACACAAAAGUCCAAGUGUUCCAUUUUCCCACCCUUUAUAUUGUGGAAGGGGGACAGGGUCUGAACUUUCCGUCCAUUUUGUCUAAGAUUGUGGGACAUUUGAUAAGUGCAAACAAAAGACAUGACUGCAUCAUAGAUUUACCAAAGUGGAGCAAGUGGGGCACAAAUAAUCUGGAUCAAAAAAAUCAGUUUUAAAUAUCUUACAUUAAGUGCCAUUGUUCAUGUUGACUUUUUAAAGUGAGAAGCCACCCUGGGAAAAGGUUCAUCACGUUUUUCAAGUUGUAAUAAAGUGAUCAUUAAAAUUUUGGUAACUAAAGUGGAAAAUUUAAGGCAUAUUCCCCAGUUAUUUGUGGUGAAAAUAAAAUACAUAACAUGUAACUAGAUGCAGUUAACCAAAGUAUCAAAAACGAUAAGCCAUGUCAUAUUUUAAUGACCUAGCGGAGCCUGGUGGGCGCUGGCACCCACAAUUUGCUCUUGGGUGACUAGAAAGUCUCUCAUUAUUCCUUCAAAGAUUCUGGGCACCCUAGAUUUUACAGGUUCAGAGGACUGGGCUCUCUUAAAUUUCCUUAGAGCACAGCCUUGUCAGCCAUAAAGUAAUUGGCAACCUGGGGACUUCAUUGUAAAGCUUGAAAAUGUUAAGUGGGUGUAUUCAUCUUUCAGUGUUACUUAGGGAAAAAAGUUACUCAAAAGCCAUUGAUUUUGGUUUUCUCUAUACGCUUUGGGGAUUUUCUCUUCCUUGUUGUUCAAAUGCCUUUUUGUGCUGCACAGACAGCAAGAGUAUAGAUCAAGUACUUUUUUCAUGAUACUCACACUCCCCUUCAUAAAAUAUUUUCGGGGGCUGUUUACAUGACACCGGGGCGACUUUCGCGCUGGAGUGAGUUCACUCCAGUUCCCUCUCAUGGCUCUACAUUUGUUUGCAUGAUACCUCCACAAAAUGUCAUGCCGGCGCGAGUCACCCCAGCGUGAGCCACCCCUGUUGUUGUACUGGGACGAGAAUUUCACUCCGGUACGAAAUCUCACAACGGUAUCAUGUAAACGCGAAACGACCACACGUUUCGGUGUGAAAUCGGUCUGCCGGUAGACUGGAAUGGGUAGCGCAUGCGUAAUGUUUGCGAUUUGGAAUCUUACAUGUAUUUUAUUAACAUGAAAUGUACCUUCAAAUAACGAGUUAUGAAAUGACCCAGUCAUAAUGUAAACGCGAUACAAAAUAAAAAAGUCAUCCCGGUAUGAAACUCACGCCGGUGCGAGUUUUCUCAUGUAAACACCCCCUCAGGGUGUGCUCCAUUGGCUGUGUUGCAGAAUAAGAUUAUGUCCAAUUGUCGUUGCACAUCUCUUGUACCGUUAUUUUUUUUUUACCACUUAAAUGCCACAAAUAUCAGAAGAUUUUAUUUCAAGCAGACUUGGACACAAUAGGAUGCAACAAAACGGCAAAAUAAGUGAUUUCUAGAGAUUAUUCCAUUAAUUGUUUUUCCAGAAUAAGGUCAAUCAGACACGCCUUUUUUAUAUUAUUUGUCAACUAUGUAACCUUUUUUGCUAAUUUUUUGGUCAGCAUCUGCCCACAUCACUUGCCGAUCUCCAGACGAAUACAUGGGCAUUGCCAACAAGAUCAAGAGAUUCUUUCACAACGAGGGCAUCCACUCCACUACUAUUCAACCGGAGUUUGUUUGUGAGGACAAGAAAGAGGGUGAGUGUGUCCUUGCGUGUGGGCGGAAUGACAACUGCGCUGCUCAAAAGUGCUGUCCUGGUGAAAAUGAGAGUGAAGUGCGCAAACGCAAUCCCAUUACCGAUGAUGAGGGUGUCAUAGUU